GUGUGCUUAUAACUGGAGAAGGGGGAUUCCUAUUGGAAAAGUGGAAACUGGCAAAACAGUCAGUCCUACCUAGAACAGAAAGUUAAAGAAAAAUGAGCACGAGCACAAAGGAGAGCUGAUGCGUCUUCCUGCAAUGCUCCAAGACUUCUAAAAAAGUUAAUUCUUAACUGCAGACGUAUGGCUAUAAUACCCUUGGGACAACAUGCAGCAGCAGCCCUUCUGCCUCCACCUGCAAUUCUUAGCUGCUUCAGCUCUUGCUUGGAGUUUCUUCUUGAGCUUUGGUCCUGGGGCAGCUGAACUAGCUCCAGAAUGCUUGCCAGAGGGACAUCGUGUUCUGCACAAUGCUUAUCGCAGCAUCACUUUUGAUUCCCUGGAAUUGCAGGAAACUGCCAUUCAGGACAUGGUCUGCGAUCAUUCCCUUCCUCAAGGAUGGUACCGCUUCAUGAUUGACAACAAGCCUGCAGAAAUGCCAACCAAGUGUAUAGAGAUGAACAAAUGUGGGACACAAGCUCCAGUCUGGCUGUCGCUUGAGCCUGACUCCCUCCCGCAGCCUGGUGAGAGAAAGCAGCUCACCGCCUGUGCUACCUGGCAGUUCUUUUUCGGAAGCAUCAAAGACUGUUGUCUGUUCCGGAUACCCAUAUCGGUCAGACAUUGUGGAGAGUUCUUUGUUUAUCUCUUGCAACCAACUCAGGGGUGCAUGGGCUACUGCGCAGAAGCUGUUAAAGAACCACAAUUGAACUAUUUUGGUCCCAGAGGAACUGGAGCAGACAUCAACUUUCAAGGGGCAUCUCAACUCCCACCUUUACAACCACUUGUCACCCCUGAGCUUCUGGGAGGCCACGUCUACCUCAAAUGCACUUUCAGCACUCCAACUUCAGAUCCGUCUAUAGGUUAUGCGGUGGUCUGGUCACGCCUUUCCAAAUCCAGAGUGAAAGAACAGCUUCAUCAUGACACAACGCUGCAGACAUUCUCCUAUGUGGAGAUGGAUGGAGUUAAUUUCAGAUUGGGAGAUACGGUCUUUUGCACUGUCACAGCUUUUAGGUGGGACUCUCCUGAUCAACAGUCUUUCCCUGAAGAAAGCGAUGGAUUCUAUGCUGGGAUUAAGUUUGUGCCAGAAUCCAUACAAAUUGCAGAAGAUAGUGAAGAGCAUAUUUUGACAAUCCUAAGUACCAUCCCUAUUACCUGUCUGGGCCAGGAUGACAUCUGUAAAAUUACUUUGCAGCUGACUACCGGGGAUUCUGAUGAUCUGGGAAGGAGGUCCCCAGACAUCGCUCUCUCAACAUGCCAGGUGGCUCUGGAACACAUGCCCUGCGAGGAAGGUAGCUGUGCAAGAGCUUCGGUAACUGUAAGGGCUGUGAAUGACUUUGUUGAGGAUGGAAACCUCACCAGCUAUAUCAGAGUGGAGCCUGUCCAAACGAGCGAGCCGCUUUGGCGGGAUUAUACACCAGUGGAUGUCAAAGUCACAGUUCAAGACCUCCCCACAGAGAACUGCUACUCUUUGACUGAUCCACACAUCAUCACAUUUGAUGGAUGGCGUUAUGACAGCUACAUGACUGGAACUUUUGUGCUGUACAGAAGCCUGAACCGAGUGUUUGAGGUGCAUGUGCGUCAGUGGCAUUGCAGCAACCGCCAUCUUGCCUUUGCUUGUAACUGUGGUGUUGCCGCAUGGGAAGAUAAUGAUAUCAUCAUCUUUGAUAUGUGCAAUGGGCAGUUUCUGGAAACCAAACCUCAACUGGCAAUUAAAAGCAUCAAAGCCUCGUCACAACCAAAUGUCAGAAUCAUGGAGUCCUAUGGAGGGAGAAAAAUUACUAUCUCAUUCCCUUCAGGAGCAUUUGUUCGAGCUGAUGUGAGCGACUGGGGAAUGAGUUUGACAGUAAGGGCACCAAGCAUUGAUUUUAAUAGCACCAGAGGUUUAUGUGGCACCUUUGACAGAAACAGUCAGAAUGACUUCCAUGGGCCUGAUGGGAGCCCUUUACUUUCUCGCCAGAAUAACACAUCUGAGGAGGACUUCAUAAAAGCUUGGAGAAUAGCUCCAGGGAUGAGUUUGUUUGACAAGACUCCACCACUGUCAGAAUGGAAGAAGAGGACACAUUACUGUCUGUGUCAGAAGGAGCAUUCACUGUAUUUACAGUCAGCAAAUGCUCUACACACUUUUCAGCAUUCUCCCCCGGAAUCUUUAGGUUGUUUUUAUGAGCGUGUGGAUUACAAUUCGGUAAUCCCAUAUCUAGAUGUCACAUCAGAACAUCCUACUAACUUGGACGCUGAUUCUGCAUUCCUAGCUGAUGGAAUAUUAUCACCUAGAUCUCUUGAGCAGUGGCAUUUGCCUCAGGCAACCAAAAAGAAAGACAGCCCCAAUGGCCUUUUAAACCCAAUUGGUCAAAACAUCUCAUUGAAAAAAUCAGGAAAUGAAACCUAUGUUGACUCUUCUGAUCAUUGGAAGGAGCUAUCAAGAGAAAAAAGGCAAGAAGCUUACUGGGAAUCCUUAUCUGUUUCCUCCUCUCAAAGCUUGAGUCAGGCUGACUUGGAAAGUUUCACCUACUUUUUCCCAGAAGAUUAUUUUGAAGGGAGGCGGCCUAAAGUUCAGGUCACAUGGCCUACUCCAAGUGGCCUAACCUCAGCAAAAGCCUUAGCAAGCUGUCAGAAGGUUCUUGAAACCUCUCCCAUUGGCUUGGCUUGUAAAGGGCUUUUGGGCACCCAGCUGGAUGUGGCUAUUGAAAUGUGCCUUUUGGAUGUACAAAGCAAGGAUGACCUCACAUGGGGAACAUCAAUGAUUGCAUUUCUAGAAAAUUCCUGUGAAAAAAAGGUGCUGGAAAACAUAACUAUGUGGUUUGAUUCAACAAGUGAGCUACCUGCUACACAUAAAGAAAUAAUCAGAGCUCUCAGGUGCCCCAAUCUCUGUAAUGGACAUGGGCAGUGCAGUAGGUGGGGAUGCCAGUGCUUUGAAGGAUACAAUUCCCAUGACUGUACAACCGCCAAAAAGUAUCCAGUAGAGAUCACAGAUCUAAUGAAUGGGGGUUUCUGUGACGUCCGGACGUCUGACUGUAGCAGAAUCCACGUGUUUGGACACAACUUCAGAGAUUCUUCUGAUCUUCAUUGUGAGGUCACCCGGAUGACUUAUCACAAUGGUGAAUGGGUAUCCAGAGAACAUGAAAACACCAAAGCAACAUUUCUGAAUCUGACAACGGUGGACUGUCAGAUCCCACCUCUGAACAAUACAGGAACAGGAGCUGUUCGUUUCAUGAUGGAUGCUGAGCCUUAUGCAAGAUGGCAAGUGAAAAUUUCUAAUGAUGGUUUCCAGUACAGUAAUUCAAAAGUCCUGACCUUGUAUGACGGAGUCUGCCAGGAUUGCGAAUUCCAUCAAAAUGGGCUUUGUAAAUUAAAGGAAAACGCUUGCAAUAUAGAUGGAUUAUGUUAUGCAAAAGGUGAUUCGAGCCUUACGAGUCCUUGUCUUCUCUGUGAACCAGAUAUUUCCAAAUUCACUUGGUCUAUCAAUGAAAAUAACCAGCCGCCUGUGUUCCAAGCGCCAGCCAGCCAGCUUCUGACGUUUGCAGGAGAGAAUUUUGUGUACCAACUGCUAGCAGGGGAUCCCGAGGGAUCAGCCGUGCUGUUCAUCUUAGAAGGCGGACCUCCAGAAGCCACCCUCUCUCCUGCUGGCCUUCUCAUUUGGAAAGUCAGCUCUGCCGAAUCAGAGAGCUUUGAAUUCACCGUGUCUGAUGAAUGCAAUGCACAAAGCAGGCACUCGGUUCAGAUUGCAGUGAAACCAUGUGGCUGCUUAAAUGGUGGAACAUGUAUCACCAACAUCAACUUCCCUCCAGGUGUUGGUGAAUAUCUCUGCAUAUGUCCCACUGGAUUUGAACAGGAACUUUGCCAGAACAGCCGUAAUGACUGCCAAUCAAACCCAUGUGGGAUUGGCUCCUGUAUCAAUGGAAAAGAUAGUUACAUUUGUAAAUGUCCAGCAGGUUGGAAAGGGCUUACUUGUCAGGAGGAUACAAAUGAAUGUGAAGAGGAACUUUGUUUUCCUGGUGUCUCUUGCACAAACACAUUCGGAUCUUACACAUGUGGCAACUGCCCCAAUGGGAUGCAGGGUGAUGGUAAAAGCUGCAAAUUUGAGGACAGUGCUGACAUGACAGAAGCUUUCAUUAAUGAUAAUCAUAAUCCUAAAGGUGAAUGGAAAAAGAGUGAAGGUAAACAGCCAGUCAUACCUCUAGAAGCGAAGACGUUGUCUGCAAUUAAGUAUGUUAAUAUUACUGAUGUUCAUGGUCAUGGAGCAGUUCUGCCACCCAUUACUAACUGUGCCAACAGACCUUGCUUUCCUGGAGUUGUCUGCAUUGACCGUAAACCUCCAGAUAUUGGAUAUCUCUGUGGCCGAUGUCCAACAGGUUUAUCUGGAAAUGGACGAAUCUGUACAAGAGCAUCAAGACCAGUGUCAAGGUCCACCCAAAGUGUGACUGAUGUACCAGUGAAAGUCACCGGGGAUGUUAAGGUUUCUUCCACUCAAGAUGACUUAAAGAAAUCAAAUAAUACUGAUUCGAGACUCUCAGAAGUUCACAUCUCCAAACCAGAAACAACUUUCCUUACAGCUCGAUAUCCUAUCACUGUUGAUAUUCAACCACUAGCCAGUGAAAGAGUGGAAUCUUGGCCUCAGGCAUCAUCUGUGAAGAAGCUGCUUUUGAAUUCCAAACUGUUUCACAGACGCAUUUCAUUAGAUGAAGCAAAAAAUAGCACCCAGAGCCUUCUUCUGCACCAUGAAACAACUCACCAAGGGGCAGCCCAAAUCUUAUCACACUAUAAGAGUCAUGCCCAGUCACUUGCCAGAAAAAAUGUUUCCACUCAACAGAAAUUAAAUACAAGGCCACAUGCUGAUUUGCAGACUCAUACCUCAUUUGAUGGACAGUCUUUUGGGAAAAAGUCUCUUGCGAUUUCACACACUAGAUCUGCUCUUGGUUUUAAAGCAGGCCGCCCAGGUACUUCUGUUUUAGCAACACCAUUGGCCUCCUCAUCCCAUCUGAAAGCUACUUUUUCUGGUAUAACCCCACAAGGCCCCAUCCGCCCAGCAGGGGCUUCUACAAAAACAAGGAUUCCAGUAUGGACAUCUUGGGGCAGAAAGCCUCAUGCCUCCCCAGCCAAUCAUUUGGGCCUUUCCACACCAAUUGAUAGGUUGCUACUUGAGAAGAAAGUCACCUGUGCAGAUACACCAUGUUUCAGUGGUGUGCUUUGUGAGCCAACAAAGGACAGGGAAUUCAGAUGUGGGCCCUGUCCAUUUGGAUACAGCGGUGAUGGAAUUGAAUGUCAAGCAUUUUGUGAUCCCUCAUGUGAGAAUGGAGGAACAUGCAUCACUCCAAAUAUCUGUUCCUGUGUUUAUGGAUUUGUGGGUCCUAGAUGUGAAACAUUGGUAUGCAAUAGGCAUUGUCACAAUGGUGGGAAAUGCAUUGCACCGGAUGAAUGUGAAUGCAAACCUGGAUGGAGCAGCCCUUUGUGUGAGACAGCUAUUUGCAAUCCAGUUUGCCUAAAUGGUGGCACCUGCAUUCGGCCGAAUACGUGUGCUUGCCCUCAUGGUUUCUUUGGACCUCAGUGUCAAUUCGCUUUCUGCAAUCCUCCUUGUAAAAACAAUGGACAGUGUAUGAGAAACAACGUGUGCUCCUGCAUGGAAGGUUAUGUUGGAAGAAGGUGUCAGAAAAGUGUCUGUGAUCCUAUGUGUAUGAAUGGAGGAAAAUGCAUCAGCCCCGACAUUUGCGACUGCCCAUCUGGCUGGAAAGGAAAGCGCUGCAGUAAACCUGUUUGCUUGCCCAGCUGCUCAAAUGGUGGGGAAUGUAUCGGACCUAAUGUCUGCCAGUGCGUGGCAGGAUGGGUGGGUCUCCUGUGCCAGAUUCCUGUUUGCGAGCUGAAAUGCCAGUUUGGAGGGAGAUGUGUCAGGCCAAAUGUUUGUGCCUGUAGAAGUGGGCAUGGUGGUUCAAACUGUGGAAAGAAGCUCCCCAUAGGAUGAAGAAAACAGCAGAAGGACAAUGAAGACAUUCAUUUUGAUGCCAAAAUGCUAAGACUCCCUCCUUUCUUUUAGAGUUGGCAGACAAUGCACUAUAGAAACAUAGCUAAAUUUCUGCCUCCACUCAUGGCAAGCAUUAAGUCAUGUUGAGAAAUUACUGAUUCCAGAACAUACUCGAACAGCUUUAGCUAGUUGCCUGUGUCACAUUAGGUGACACCAUUCUCAAUCUCAAUAUAUAUAUAUAUAUAUUGCAGCAUAGUGCCAAUACCUCAGUUACUCACUGACUGCAAGUGCCUAUUUCAACUGUGACUUGCAGAGUGUUUUAGAAAGGCUGUCACUUUCUGCUAACUUUGGGUUAUAAAGAGAAGCCAACAUUGAGGAUUUGGGGUGUACCCUAAUCCAUUUUUCUUGUUCUUCUUGUUUGCUCUGGCCUGCAUUGCACACCUCCUGAAUUCCAGUUUUACCUGUAAAAUUUCUACAAUUAACUCCAGAACAAGAGCAUGCACCAAUUCUCUUCAGUUUUACAAAAGAAAGCAGGUGAGAUUGAAGUGAGUAGGAGACACACAUGUAGGCCC